AUGAAGAACUUCAGAUCCAUCUUGGCUUUCAUCGCCAUCUCUGCCACACUCGUUUCCACUCGAGCUUUGCCAGAAACCGAGAGUGAUCUCAUUGCUAGAGCACCAGUCCCAAAUGUAUUGGAGUUCUAUGCUCGAUCAGCAAAGAAUAAACUCAGCGAAGAUGUCGCUGAUGGGCCUGAUAGUGCCGAACUCUUUGGCAUAAACAAUAAAAAGGCAAAGGGUACUGGCACCGCCGGUGCGAGCGGUGCAGCUUCUACCGGAACUGGCAAGAAGGGCAAGGGAAAGGGCAAUAAGGGAAGCGCAAAAGGCACCGGAAAGGCCAAAGGCACCGGAGCGGCAAAAGCCACCGGAAAAACAAAGACCACCGGCGCAGCAGGAGCCAAGUCUACUGGAACUGACUCAACCGGCAAGAAAGGCAAAGGCAAAGGUAGUGGCGAAGACAGCGACGAUAGUAAUGACAACCACGACGAAGAUUCCGAUGAUGAAACUGCAGCCAAAGCAGCCAAAGCAGCCAAAGCUGGCAAAGCUGGCAAAGCUGGCAAAGCUAGCAAAGCAGACAAGGGAGACAAAGGAGACAAAGCAGAAGAAGAAGAUAAAGCCAUCUCCACAGGCCCCGUAACCGAAAAUGAACCCAGCACCCUCGGUCUCCGCCACUAUCCAACCCUAGAAUCUAGAAAGAAAAACAAGAAUGGUACUUCUUCUACAAAUGGUACAGCGGCUGCAAGUGGAACUACGACUGGUAGGAAACCGGGUUCUACUGGUUCGAAAGGAAAGAAGGGGAAGGGUUCGAAGGGGAGUGCUAAGGCUACUGGGCUUGGUGCUGCAGGUGCGGCUGCUCCUUCCCCAACGAGUUAG